GAAAUUAAAGAUGUCAUUUUUAUUAGAGUCAAAAUCUUUGCACCAAACUACUAUAGCGACUUCGAUGUUUAUUGGGUUUGGGCCUAUCGUUUUCCUGUUGUCUGCUUUUGCCUUUCUUCAAAGCCACACUCUAUGAUCAACGUUGAACGACAAACUGAUUGUGGUGGGUCGUUUCUCACUUUUGCAUCUUCUUCACUGUUGUAGUUGUAGACACCACUUCUUCUUUGCGCGUUCGCUGUUUGUUGAAUUGCCUCACCGAGACUUCACAAUUGUGGGAGGAUAGGGACUUUGUGUCUACUAUUUUAGCCACUCCUUCAUGGAGACGAUGACGGCUGCUGCCUCCAUGAAGUUUCCCCGUGAGCCGGCUAAUUAUGAUGAGAUUUCUAUGCAGCAGAGCAUGCUCUUCUCUGAUAGUUUAAAGGAUUUGAAGAAUCUUAGGAAACAACUCUAUUCAGCAGCAGAAUACUUUGAGUUGUCUUACACCAACGACAACCAAAAGCAUGUAGUGGUGAAUACAUUGAAAGAUUAUGCCAUUAAAGCUCUUGUCAACACCGUGGACCAUUUGGGUUCUGUGACCUUUAAGGUCAACGAUCUGUUGGAUGAGAACAUUACUGAAGUUUCAGGAACUGAACUUCGCAUAUCUUGCCUUGAGCAGAGACUGCGGACAUGCCAUGAUUACAUCAACCGUGAAGGUCUCUCUCAGCAGUCUUUGGUGAUAAACACUCCCAAUUACCACAAACGAUACAUCUUGCCAGUGGGAGAGACUAUGAAUGGAGGUUUACGCACGAAAUCAAAGUAUCAAGGUUGCAGCAUAGACAAAGGAGACGAGUGGCAUCAAUUUAGGAGUGCUAUUCGAGCUACAAUACAGGAGGCUCCACCAUCAAUAGCCAGGCAAAUGUCUUGCAGUAAAGGGCGCUCCUCCUCACCUACUCCUAGACUCGUGCAGCAUCCAGGAAACUUCGCCUUCUCCAAAAGCAUGCCUAAGAAAGAUCUAGAAAGAAGAACAGUGUCACCUCACCGGUUUCCACUUCUACGUUCGGGCUCCCUAUCUAGUAAGCCCACAACUCCAAAGAGCUCACGCCCAACCACCCCAAAUCAGAGCCGGCCGACCACCCCAAAUCUAUCUUCAGGAAGACAACCGUUUAUUUCUGACCCUCGGAAAUCGGCUUCGAUGCGGAUACGUGUUGGGAAAGAGAGCCCAAAGGAGUUCGAGCAGAUUCCCAGCAAAAGCAAACGGUUGCUCAAAGCGUUGCUCAGUCGACGCAAGUCAAAGAAAGAUGAUACGUUAUAUACUUAUUUGGAUGAAUACUAAUGAAAAAGAGUUGAAAAUAGUUGUUUGUACCAUCUUGCUUUCCCCUUUAGUAUUCAUUUCUAUACCUCAUUUAUGGUAAGUGUAAUUGUCAGAGAAACAUAUUCAUUAAUAUGAGUUAAUGCCCAUGUUACAAGAUCUAUACA